CUUGGUUUAUUCAAUUGAUCUUUUAUUCUUUCUCCAGUGAAAAGAAAAGAAAGGAGAACAGUGUCCGCAAUCGAGGCGAAUCGAAGAAUUGGAGUGAUAAUUCGUCCAAACAUAUGGUAAAUAGAGUUUGGAGGCAAUCCUACUUCAAGGAAAACAUUUCUGCUUGAAUCCAAGGUUGUCCAAUCAUUUCAAAGAGAGUGAAUGAUUGUAUUUCGAAGAUAGACAAUCUUGAUGGUGAAUACAGUUUGGAGGCAAUCCUGAAACUGCAAGGAAAGAAAACAUUAUUGCUUGAAUCCAAGUUUUCCCAAUCGUUUCAAAGAGAGUGGCAUUUAGAAGAUAGAAAAUCUUGGAGAGAAGCAAAGGGGAAGAAGAUUGUUGCUUUGGGAAGUUUAUUUUCAUGGACAACAAAACUGUCAGAUCUUUUUCUGUCAGUCUUUCUGACUCUGUGACUGAACAGAUGUUCAUGUACUCUCAGUCAGGGAGACUUAAAGCCAUUUUUUGUGAAAGCAUGGAACAAUCGGCAUCUAUAAUUGGUGACAUCAAACUGCUUAAGAAUGAAGUUGUGAGGGGAUCUUUAUCCAAAGAACAAAUAGCGGAGAGACUUCAUCUUAUGGAACUUUCUCUUGCAUACUUGAAAGAGAAAGAGAAUGAGAAAGAGGCCAAGGAAGAAGUUGAGAAAGGGUUAAGGCAACGCAUUAAGAAUGUUAAUGAGGAUCUGGAAAAAAUUGAUAAAUCAGAAAUUGAGUCAAGGAAAGACACAAACACGUCUUUGGAUGAUAUCCGAUUGAGGAAUAUGAUGUUUCAAAGCUUCGUAUUUGGGGCGUACCAGGAAGAAGCAGAAGUUUAGUGCUUUGGAUUUUCACGAGGGAAAGAGUUUCUGGUGUUGGAGCUAGUGGCAGUUGAGGCAUGAAGCUUGCGACGGCAACACUUUGUUUUAGAAUGAGAAAGAGAUGUUGUUAGUUCAAGUCAUUGAAAACUUUGUUUUUCUUGCUUUUGAUCCUUAUUCAAUUGCUUCCAGAUUUCUUAAAUUGAUCCCAUAUUCAACACUUGCUUGGAAUACUGGUUUAUUCUCUGCAUUUUAGUAAUAUAACACGCCAGGAACUUAAUUGUUAC